AUGGCUUCUAAAGGUCUAAUGCCGAAGCUCUGGAAGAGCACUGGGAAGGUGAUUCCUAGAGAAUUCAUUCGAAGUUUGACUUUGCAUGAGUAUCAGUCGCACGCCAUUCUGAAAGAGUACGGAAUCCCGGUACCGCGGGGAAUGUUAGCACAAACACCCGCUGAAGUACGAUCGAUUGUAGAACAACUCGGUGUGCCAUGCGUUUUAAAGUCGCAGAUUCUCAAAGGGGGACAGGUUAACGGCAAUUUCGACACCGGAUUCAACAGCGGUAUCCAGUUUGUCAAUGAUGCCUUGGGAGCAGAAGAAGCGGCCAAGAAGAUACUUAGUCACCGCCUUAUGAAGACAGAAACGGGCGGUAGUGGCUUAUCUAUCAACAAGAUAUUUGUCGCCGAAGAUAUGAAGUUACACGAGGAAUGGUAUCUGGCAAUGACGUUCGACCGCGAGAACUACUGCCCUGUCAUCAUCGUACGCAGAAAUGACGGUGCCGACGUGGGGAGCAUACCGACGAAUAAAACCCAGAAAUUUCAUACGAUUAAGUUCGCUCUGACAAAGGGAGUCACACCUGAUGUUGUCGAUAAAGUUUCAGAUGUUAUGAAAAAUUCCUCAACGGAGGCUCAAAAUUUGCAAACGUUGCUGAACGGCUUAUACAAGAUCUUUACGAGCAAAGACGCAACACUUCUGGAAGUCAACUCCCUUGUUAAAUCAGCAGAUGGGACUUUCACUUGCUUAAACACUAAAUCCACAUUUGAUGACGCUUCUGCGAAAAGGCAGAAAGAUCUCUUUGCAUUGAGAGACUCAGAUCAUGAAGUUCCAGAAGAGGUGGAGGCCGAAAAGUACGGACUAGUAUAUGUCAGGAUGGAUGGCAAUAUCGGGAAUGUAGUGAACGGUGCCGGACUGGCAAUGGCGACUAAUGACGCUAUUGCUCUUCACGGUGGUACGAGUGCCAACUUCCUGGACGCUGGUGGGCAAGCAACAAAGGAGACGAUGGUGAAGGCAUUCGAAAUCAUUUUACGAGAUACAAGAGUCAAGGCCAUUCUUGUCAACAUUUACGGCGGAAUAACAAGGGGUGAUAUGAUCGCGGAGUCCAUCAUCGGAGCAGCGACUGAGUUGGGCCCCUUGAAGGUACCAAUGGUAGUCCGGCUGCAAGGUACUAAUUCGGAACUAGGCCUGAAACUUCUCGAAGAGGCAAACCUAGGAUUGCACACCGAAGCUGACUUUGGAAGGGCUGCCCAAAAAGCCGUUGAGUUGGCCAAGUAA